AUUUGACUCGCUCCAGGGGACGUACUUUUCGGAUUAGAUUUCAGAUGGUCGGGUUGAUUAAAAUGUGAAAGAACACAUAAUGCGGCUGUUCAUCCGAAAUAAAGUCAAAUAUGAUCCUUUACAUGCUGGUAAGCCGUUGGUGUUUGUGGAAAUCCCCGAUCCUCGAGGGUUUUCAGUUGGUCAGGUGAAAGAGGUAAGACUCAAGUUUUCGCUGAUCAUCGAGCAUAAGAUGAGCUAAUGUUUGCUUAUGAUAACAGCUUUCCUCCCGCUGAACGUUACCUCUGCAACUUUUCUCCCACUAAGCUUAGUACUUUCACAACGUAUGUGUGGAAGUUGAUGUUUUUUCGUCUGUUUAUAGUGUUAUGUGAUCUUUCGGUUACAUGUAAACUAACACAACGGUAACACACUUGUUUGGAUUCGUGUGAAUGUAUGACGAUAAGCUUCUCUUUGUGUCGUGGCCGUGUUGGGGGGUGCGGAGGAGGGGGUGCGUUGAGUGAAAGAAAAAGCUUGCCACGGUAUCAUGAGAAUACGUGCAUGUACUCUUGUUUAUAAGAACUGGAGUGAAGUGAUCAGCAGCACAUUGUUGACUCUUUAAAACAAAACCCUAAUAUCCACAUACAAAUUCUCCAGACUGAACUCCACACAUUUCCUUGAAUUAUUUGCGAGAAUUUGGUAAUUUUUAAUGUCAAAGUAAUUUCCCUUGGCUCUCAUUACUUUAGUAAUUCUCAUAACCCUUUCCCAUGCUGAUGUGUGAAUAUGUUAGGAGAAAAUUGAUGAUGGUCACUUGUAAUGCCUAAAGGGUUAAAGAGCAUGACAGUUAUCUGGUUAUGACUUAGUUUAACUUAAGUCAUAACCAGUUAACUGUCAUGUUGUUUAACUAUACUGAGGACUCCACAGCUUGGGGGGGGGGGGUACUUUAGGAAUUUCUGGUUGGGGAGGUGCCGCUGGGACCCUGGAACCCUUAACCUAUACCAGAGCUAGUUCAGCUGAAUUUUGCUACCCUAUACUAGAAUAAACUCCCCAAAUCCCCCCUAUCCUAGAGUAGCUGUUUCCCUAGUCUAGAUAAAAUCUUCAACCAACUGAUCAGAUCCUGACAAAUGAUACCCUAUUCUGGACCUAAACGCUCUGAUUUAUAUACCCUAUCCUAGAGUAAACUGCUUGAAAACCAUACCCUUCACAGCGGCACACACCUAUAUAGCCCAUAUAUGGCAGUACCCCCCCCCCUCCCCUCACCGGGCUCCACAGAACAACCUUUAAGCAUGAAAAAUUUUAUUGAAGGUGCUUUUUGUUACUCUUACAUUAUAAUUAUUAGUGCUCGGUGAAAUUGUUGUCACGGAAUUUGGUGUAAAUUCCUAAGGCACAGCAACGAAAACUCCACCUUCUACAUUGCUUCCAAUUUCAUUGGCCAGAACCCACAAAGGCCAUCAGAAAGUUGUUGUAAAGUUUUAGUGCAAUGCUGUCUCUUAGAUUUCAAGUUGAUGGUUAUAUCAAAUAUGUAGGCUUGGAUUUGAGUACAAAACUGACCAUUUUGCUUCUAUUUUACUAUGAAAGUAGCUGGGGUCAUCCUAGUAGUAGAGAGGCAAAAUCCCAAGUCCAAGCCAUUAAUGAAAGCCCUUGACUGAAAUUACCUACAGCAUCUUUCAAAAUGGCUGAAUUAGCAUCUCUCUUUGAAUUAUCACUCCCGUUGAAGCUGAAAUAUUAGUUAAGCUGUCCCCUUAAAGUAAGUGCCACCCCCAAUCCUCCCCCCCAAGAAACAAAAUAUCACUGAAUAUAUGGUAAGGAAGUAGAAUAGAACAAUUUCAAUACCAGUGGUAACAACUUUUAGGAUUUCUAGUGUGCUGUUACAGUUCUUAUUUAGGUAGUGGUUAUUACAGUUGUUGCUGGGAGCUAGGGGUGAGGGCUGAGGCCUAAAAGUGCUGAAAUCGGGACAGCUGAGUAGCUAAUCAGAUUACAGAAUUUGUUUAAGUUAUGAGUAGAUGGAAAAUCCAAGGUAAACAAUUCUGUUGGCAAUGAGCUUUACAGGUGUUGGCAGAAAAAAAGGCACACAAAACUCUAAAAUCAACUCUGCCCUUGCUUUUAUGAAAACAAGUCAUCAAAUUUGGUACAUACAUGUAAGCUUGGGUGAGUCUUUGCAACUGAAGGCUCAUGCUUGGUAUGCAACAUAAAAUAAGAUGACUUGUGAGAAUAAAAGCAUCAUUGAACAGCUAAUAAAGCUGUCUAUUCAGUAAAACACUACACACUACUUACCAAUUAUACCUAUGGGAUUUAACAUUGUUUUCUUUGUUAUUGUGUUAAUUACUAGGAAUUUAAGAAGAAGGUUAGGGCAGCUAAAGUUGACUCUCUCUAUCAUCGCCAAGCUGAUGGGUCCUAUGAGGUCUUAGCUGAUGACAGGUAAGAACCCUCAUUUCAUUCCUACACAUCACUUUGAGUUAUGUCAAGGCAAUGGCAGCAACCUUUUGGUUAAUUCUCACAGUAACUGCUUCAUUAAUCCUGGUGAUGAAGUCAAAUUGUCAAAUUGGAACUUCGAAUGUAAAUUUGCAUCUAAAAGCAGCUUUUCCAGUAUCAAUGUCUUUAAAAACUUUUUGAAGCAAUCUCUGAUAAGCCUUUUGCAAACAACAUUUGACAUGGAAUGUCCAUGUACUUGGUCACUUGUAAGAGCAUGUGACAAAAAAAAAACUUUCCAGUUAUUUCUGCUGUGGAAGAAUAUCAACAUGAGUAACGACUGCCUAGGGGCAGAUUUCCUUACUUUUGCUACGUUUGAGACUCAACAGAAUCACAGAUAAGGCUAUCAGCUCGGCAGGAUACUCAGCCAGAUUGCAUUACACUUCCUGUGACAUCUUCCACUGGUUGACAUCCUCAGGUGGGGGUCUGGGUCGGGAUCUGGAGCUGCUGGGGUUGCAACUGUGGCCGGAGUGGUCUCCUGGAGGCAGGUCAUGUAGGGGUUGGUCUACUGCAAUGUGAGGGGUAAAGGAAGGAGCUACUGGAUCAAGGAGGCUCAUCUCUAGAGUGACUCCAACUCCUCCAUGAUGUCCUCAGGAUCUUCCUUAUCCUGUUGGUCAGUGCCCAGUUGAACAGGGUUCUGGAACCUUUGCCUUGGACCCUGUCUGUGGCAACAGUGGUUUGCAGUUUUUUAUGUGGGACAUGAUAAGGAAAGGACAAUAACUUUGUGUAGAAGUGUUUAUAUUUUGCUGUCUUCAAUUUCAGGCCAAAAUCACAGAGAUGUUUAAGGACAAUUAUUUCCAGUCUCUUAAGAGUUUCGUUCAAUGUGUCACUGAAUACUAUAAUAUAGUGGCAGCAAAUAAGGUAUAUCUUCAGAUUUAGACCAGCCAGACACCUCUCCAUUAGUCUCUGAAAGGUAGCAGGUGCAUUUGUCAACCUGAAAGGUAUCCUGCUAAAUUGGUUAAGGUGGAAGGGUGUGGUUGAAGCAGACCCUCCUUCUCACAUCCCUACUUGUAGGUAACCACUGUGAAGAUCCAGGGAACAAAGCAUUUUGCUCCAUUCAAAGCUUCUAGUGUCUCACCUAUCCUGGGAAUUGGAUAGGCAUCCCUCACUGUUUCAGACUUGAUCUUGUGAAAGUCAACACAUACUAUCAGUUCACCAUCAUUCUUCCAACCAAAUUAAUAUAACUGGCAAAAUGUAAGGGUUACAAGACUUUCAUUUGACUCCUGCUUCCAACAGUGGGUGAUCUCAGUGGUAUUACCUAGGUCUGUACUGUCUUUAUAAAACUCAUUGGACAUACUUGUCAGUACCUCUUUGACUUGGUCUUCCUGGUUGGAACUCAGUGUCAUGGCACUUAAAAUCUGAUGUCAACCUUUUCGCUGGGUCUUGUUUUGCUUUGUGCCUCAUAAACUUCAAGGGCAACCUGGAGGGAUGCCAAGUUGACUUUUGGAGGCAACAGGACCAGCUGGUGCUGAAUCAAUUAAACCAGGUGUGACUUCAAGAGUGGAAUGGUGUGGCCUUUUAUCAAGUGGUUCAACUAUGACCUUAAUCUCUUCUGGGCAGGUAUGUGUUGGCCCCAGAGAACCACAGUUUGAUGGACUGCUAUGGUAGCAAUAAAUUGAGUAACGGAACUUCUUGCACAUUUUGUAGACAAUAACAAAGAUACAUCAUAAUUUAAAAGUUCUUUGUGAACUCGGCCUCUGGAUUUUAUCCAUAUGUGCUAAUCGGCAGACCUCCCUGAAGAGAGGCCAACAAGUUUAGUUAUUAUUAAUAACCAACUUAGUAGUUAUGCCUGUGUCUUCUGGAUAAUGAUUUCAGGACUGUUGGCUUCUAUAACAUCCAGGAUAAUGCAAUCCUGGAGACAACAAGCAAUCCUCUGUGGGCUGCUACCAUCUACUACAGAUUGAGAGAGGUAGAAAGAGAUGCCGCUGCUAAUCAGUUAGAUGAUGCAAGGACCAACAGGGGACUGGAGCAAUCAGUCAUACAAAAGUACAUGGCACUGGGCAUACUAUUUAAUGGAGGCAACAAGUUAGUAGUGGUGAUGUGCAAGAAAUUACUUUCCAUCCACAUUAUGUAUCUUAUGUGAUUUUAUUUUAAGCACCUUAAACCUUACUUCCGUGGCAGAAGUAAAAAAUUUAAAAGCACGAAUUUGGAAAAACUGAUCAGUAUAAUUCAUUGCACCAAAUAUUUUCCUAUUAUCAGCAUGCCUUGAUGUAAAGGACUAUUCACCUCCUUUCAUAUAAGUCUUUCCCUUAUUCCUGUCCAAGUUCCAGUUCCUUGUUAUUUUUAAAAUAGAUGGUUAUAAGGUAACUGGUACUAUUAAUAAUUUUAAAAAGAUAAAGUAAAAUAUGAGCAUUUACCUUUCCUUAGAUGCAAUCUUCCCUGUGAGAAAGCUGCUGGUUGUAUUUACUGUUAAUGUUGUUAUUGAUAAUUUUUUAAACGGUCAGUGUAAAACGCAGGCUGAAGACUAUUGUUUUCACCAUGCAAAUGAGUAUGUGACAACAAUAGUGCCAUUGUUUUCUAACCCUAUAAACAAUGGUUCACAGUCUGCAUUUUACACUGCCCCCCUUUUAAAAUAAUGUUUGUCACAUGCAGUAGCUUAAUCACUGUGACGUUAAUUGCAUCUUUUCAUAGUCCUGAACGACAGCAUCCUCCAUUUUUUGAAGAGUUAGAUCAGUUAUAUGAGCAUCUCCAAACUGCUGGCAAAAAACCAGUUCACAUGUCUCAGAGAACCUUGGACACUCUACAGACACUGAAAGAUGAGUAUGAACAGAAUGACAUCCAUGAAAAAGAUGCUAUUGGACAUUUUGUUAACCGGCAAGCUGCUAAACUAGGGCUUGUGCAUGCAACAAGUGAGUGAUGCACGUUCAGUGCAGAACUGCAGUAUUUGGACAUCUGUCUUAUCUGAACCUAUUAAUUUGUAUCUGAGUCUGAGUCAGUAAUUGUUGGAUUAUGUGAUUAAGUAUCUGACCAGUUAUCUGACGACAUGUGUCUAUUCACCUUUAGGGAGACACAUUUUUCCCCUUCACUGUACUCUCCUGACAUACAUUUUUUAUGCUUGUUUUUGAUCUUUUAUCAUUAUUUUACAUGGUUGUUGUCCAAUUUUAAUGCUUGUUUAGUAGUGAACUGGUAUGUAAAUGUUACAUCAUUCUGCACAGGGUCCAGAGGAGUUUCGUGUGAAUAAAUGAAUUACUUACCUUGAAAAAUGUCUAUACCUGUUGCUUAGCACGAUUAAUUAGCCCAGUGGGAUCUUUAUAAAUCUACUGUAAACGACUUCUUCGCUUCUUAUCUGACCGAGAUCGACUUUUGAAAAUCAAUAACGGCAAGCCAUAUCCUUGCUGGCGCACGGCACGUCGCCCGAAGGGCGACCGAGGCACGAAGUGCUGAGUAAAAGAAAGGACAAGGGAGGAAACUUGUACCACGUGACUUCGUUCUAUGUGAACCGCAGCACUCGGUGACGGAAGUCGGAAUGAGACCGGAAACGCAAAAGCAACAGACUGCUGCUAAUUCGAGAAUCAAAACAUCAGCUGCGGAGAGAGUUUUAAAGAUCUCAGAGAUCUAUGCGAAAACAACAGAGUUUUAAUUGAAGUGAGGACUGAGAUCUUUCAAGACUGGACAUUUGUUGUACGUUUCAAGAGUCUUCGAUGUCUUAAGCAGGUUUUGCUUGUGUGAAGGCUUCCCAGUAGUCGCAAAACGUACAGCCAAAGACGCAAGAGGCAAUAUGGUUGGACCACCGAAGAAUGGCACAGUCGUGAUGAUAUUACAGUUGCCUUGUACGCCCGCUCUACUCAGUGUCACUUUUUAUUGCAAGAGUACACACGACCCGUAAAUCACUAUCCGUAAUUAUUUAACAUUCUCCAAACAAAACUAACAAGCUGGGCCCAGCGUGAUACAGCAUUGAAGAAAAACAUUACAUUCACGGACUAAAGAAAAUCGCUCAGUUAUUCAGAUCCAGAAGGCACUUUGGAGAAAACUGGAAUCCUUGUUCAGCCGUAAUAAAAAGCUUUACGCUUCAAAAGAGGUCAAAGAAAAUGCGCUUGCAUCCGGAGGGCAAAUCCUGCCGACCAGAAACAAUAACCACAGUAAAUCGAUAUGUGUCAUGACCUCUCAGUGUGAAACAUGUGGCUAAAAUCCCCGCUAAAAUCACAUUUGCUGUAGAACCUUCCAGAGCAUAAUCUACCCAGCAGAGGAAAAAAACUUUAUUGGAACGAGCAGCAUUUUGGCAUGAGGCAAAAGUCGUGUAGGCUUCCCUUUUAUUGCUCCGAUCCUGAACACAUUUACUUUACUACGUCAUUUCCGUCACCAUGUGUUGCGGUGCACACCGAACGAAAGCGCUCUCUAGAAGCUGUAAAUUUCGGUCUCCGAAAAUGAAUUUGACGCUUUCUUAUGCCGUUUUCCUACAGUAUUUUGCAAAUACAUAAGAAUUCUAGAUCAGGUUAGUAAAAUCAGGCGAUUUCAUUCAAUUCCAUUUGAGUUUCAGGGAUUCGAAAAUCGGCCGCAAAUUUGUUUCCUCCCUUUCCGUAUUUUAUACUGUAAGCCGAUCUUGCGAGCCCUCAGUCUCUUGGUUUGCGGUCUAUAGAAUGUGUAACGAAACCGUAACGUGAUCAAAAUAACCCAUUUUUUCAGAGGUUUUCGACGGGUUUUGAUGUUCUAACGACAAACACAUCUCCUCUGGACCCUGUGCAUUCUGUUUAAAUUUUUUGCACUUUGCCUUUGCCUUCCUCUACAGUUGUCCACAGCUAAGUUCCUUUCUAUUUUGCACAGUUUCCAUUGCAGUGCAAUUACCUUACAAUGUAAAACAGCUAUCAAAAACAGUAACCUGGAUUAAAACUGACAUUCCCAAAUACAUUGUAUUUUAAACACACAGUCAAUGAGACUAAGUCUACUCUUUCAUGGUUAGUUGCUUAUACAAUAUACCCUUCUUGGUGCUAUGAUGCAGACAUGGGCUCUAUCUGUUUUCCAGUGGUUCUGUAAUUUCUUUCUUUCUUUUUCUUUUCUUUUCAUUUAGGUUCAAAUGUAAAUGGUGAUAGUGGAGCUGCUGCUGAAGUGCAGAGGUAAAGGGAAACACUCACGUGUGUUAAUAUGCUGUUAUGCAAUGACAUCUUGUACCACUUACUGUCUUGUUAUUCAAAACAACUACACACUAUAAUUGUGCAAAAUCCUCUAACACGUACAUUAUUAUGAAAAAGUUAUACUGCUUGCUAAACAACAGUGUAGACCAGCCCAACUGUCUUUUUUUUGUGCCUUAGAGUCCAAGUAAGUGGCAGAGGAAAGGGUAACAGAGUCACUGUAGACAAAGGAAAAAGACCAGCUGCAACUGGCAAAGGUGGCAGAAAGGCCCCUCAGAAGCAAAGAACAUGUGAGGACUGUGAGGAAAAUGUAGCUACUCACUUCUGUGCUGAUUGUCAACCACCUUUGGUUCUUUGUGAUGACUGUGCAGCUGUACUUCAUAGAGGAGCACGAAGGCGAAAUCAUCAAUUAAAAGGUGUGAUGGCAGCACACAUGAUUGAAGGGAGGAGCACAAAGGGGCUAGGAGUGGGUUACUAAGAUUAAAUCAAAACAAGAAACAAUGACAUUUCUUUGGCUUAAUGCAGCACAAAGGUAACGGGGGGUUAGUGCCAAGAUGACAGUUUCAGGAAAGUGAAAGCCGAGUGUGAGAGACCUUGUUUUACUGUCUCAUUUCCAAAAGUCAUCGCCAGGUACUCUAAAAUAUUACUGUAGAUUAAGGGUAUUCUGGUGAGAAGCCCAGAACAAUUAACUUGGUAAUAAAGAGCAAAAUUAAAUCUCAUUAUAAUGGCCCCAUAUGACUUCUGAUAAACCUAGUUAUUUCCUUUUCCCUACUGCUUUCAAAGAAAGGUGUGGUUGAAAGUUCAAUAGGCUUUAUUAAACACACCACCUCAGGUAUCAUGCUCAAGCAGUUUGGUGUCAUAACCUGGCAGUGAUAUCUGCUCCUUAGCAAAGCAAAGACAAAAACACACUUUUUGUUACCUGCUCUUCAUCUGUUAAAGGUCAAUAUGACAAAGGUACACUAACAAAGCUUCUUGUGUUCAUUCAGAUGUGACAGAAGCACCUACACCGUCUAAGGGCUACACCCCUAAAGUAAGUAGGUAAAAAAAGGGUUAGGUCAUGGUAUUUUUCCUGAUUUUAGUAAUUCUGUUUUUUCAAGCAUUCAAAUAAUUAUUAUUGUCAAAAGCAACAUCUUUUACUGAUGUCACUAAAUGAACAGUGGGUUCCUUAGAUGUCCAAGGACUUCUAGGCAGUGCCUAGAUUGAGUCCUGCUCCCAUGGGUGGCAAUCCUGCAACACAGCCAUGAGGCCCUAUGCUAUAUUGAUGCAUUUGUGGGCUGAGUAAUAACACCAGAGAAAAAAGGGCAGAACCCCCACACCACCAGACCUGGGCCACUGGACCACAAGGCUAAAAAUUCGUCAUCAGUAGAUCCAAGAAGCCUUGCUGAACAGUAGAACACAUUGUCCCAAUAAAUAUUUUCCCUGUGAUCCCUGAUGUUAAGAAGAAUAGCAUGGAUUGAGGUAAGGGAUAAAAUUUGUUUCAUGAUUGACGGAUGAACUGCGCAGGGUCAGAAGGUAGCAAGCAAACAAACAUUAAAAUUACCCUGAACCAAAUAUAUGUAGCAGUCUGGACUAGAAAUGUGUAUCUCUUGCCUUUGAUGCUAGGACAGGAUGACAGGCAACACAAAAAAGGCAACUGGUUGUUAACUCUCACGCCAUUAAUAAUUCAAAGAAGCUAAGGCACUAUGCUUCCCACAUCAUUUAAUUUUGGCAUUAAGAGAUUCAUGGAUUUGUCCUUUUUAUGUCUUAGGUCUUAAGUUUAUUUUAUUUUUGCAGGCAUACAGAGCACCAUUUGCCAUGUUGGUGGCAUUUCAUAGGUAGGUACUGAUUUGUAAAAUAAUAUAUAGAUUUAGCCAGGGCUAAAAGCAAAACUCUCGGUAAUAAUUAUUUGUAUUUUGUUCAAACAAAAUAUGAAAUCGUGUAAUGCUAAGCGGCAAAGGAAACGCUGGAGAACGGUGAAAAACAACGAUCGGUCUAAUUAGCAAAAAAGAAACUUUGCACGUGCAGCACACUUUUGCUGUACAUUUCUUUGCCGUUGUUUUGCACGACUGUAAUGUGAAACUUCCAGAAACUUCUUAGUUACAUGUUUAAUGGACUGAAAUGUCGCACUCCUUCUUGUUCACUUUUUUUUCACUGCCACUCACUUUCACCUUGCAUUGGUGGCCGCUAGCAUUUCUCAUUUUGUCACCACCACUACAAAAUUGUGAUGUUGUUCUUCCAAGGAAAAAAUUUCUCCUUUGUUUUUUAUCCCUCGCUCUAGAUAUCUGUUGCCCUUUAUCUCAUUGAGCUUUGCUGGCCUGCCACCUACUUUCUCUUUUUCUCUCUCUUUCUCUUGCUCUAUAUUCGAAAUUUGUGGACAUAACAAUAAUCUAAGCUUAAUACUUUAGAAAACGUGAACACAGAAACAAUUUCCGUUUUCGUUUUUAUUGACUCUUUAGUUGUCUCUGCUUCACAAGACGUGGGUGGCUAUGCGAUUUCCCAUCAAAAUAACCUCGAAUUACAUUUGGGUUGCCAUACCUGUGGAAUGAGUUAUUUUACAUUGGUAUGCCUGUGGUGCAGAUGGACGGUGGGGCAGUGGGCCGGUGGGCCGGUGUACGGUCACAUGAUUACCAAAUUUUCUCGCAUUGGUAGUUUACCACAUUUUCUUACCCAUGGUGCUCUGCUGCACGAUAAAUUCAUUGCAAUGAAGCUUCAUUUCUUUCAUAAUUGAGAAGUAAGCGGAUUGUAAUGUAAGCAGCUUAUCACAUGCCAAGACCAAUACCUGCAAGGUCCCGUUUGUUUGUUCACUUGAGUCUUAUAGACAUGAUGACAACAAUGUGUGACAGAGCAAGCUGGCUUGAUAGUCAGGUGUAUUGAAGUAACAACUGUAAAAAUACCAAUCAGGCUGGUUUGACUGUCAGUUGUACUUAGGCUUGUAAUGAGGUCUCAUUAUACACCACAAAACAUUUAAUUUGAAAUUAUGAACUUCAUAGAAGACCAUCUCUUUACAAUUCAUCUCACCAGUUCUGUUUAUACUUACAGGGCUGCUAAUGAAGUUCCUAGUAAAAUGAGUUUAACUGCAGAUGAACUGAAAUCCAAAGCACAGCCUUUAACAAACACAGACUUGGAAAUCAAGCAAGGUAAAUAAUGUCUACAGCACAUCAAGUUAAAGAUAGAUUUGUGUGUAGAUUUGAUAACAUUUAUGCCUCUAAAAUUUGUCAGACUUGAUAAUGGUGUCAUGACGACUCAUUUUUUUCCCAACAGUGCGCAUUGUCAUUGGUUACUUGAGGUCACAUUGAAUCUCAAUGUUUCCCUUUGCUCCACCUCAGGAAACAUUGAGAUUCUUGGGAAACAAAUUAACUGUUUCGCUCGUGACCAAUCAGUGUUUAUUAAUACAAGGUGAAAAGUUAUUGAUUAAUAUACUAAAUUUUUAAGUAUAGUUAGAAGUAUCAAUAAAACCGUUGUGUUCAUUUUGUUAUAGAUUCCACUCCAAUAGAAAAAAGUGUUUUAGUUGUAUGUUUUAGAAGGGUCAGUUUUUAUCUUUUUUCUCACUUGCAGGAAGGUGGUUUGGAGGAUUUGACUCCCUAGAAAAUGCAUUAAUGAAGAAUGAACUUGUACAAAAGGAAGCAAGAAAUCCAAAGUAUAUACACCUAAUUGCAAAAACGUUGUCAUAGGAAAAUGAAAAAAGGAAAAAGCGAAAUAGGAAUUAAUUUGGGUGAUAAGCCUAAUGAAUUCAUCGGCAGCGUCUGCACAUGGACGUCAGUCAUAUUUGCCUGUUGGAAUUUUGCUAUUGUUUUAAAGCCGAAAGACAAUAACACUCAAAAUUCCAGCGGGGAAAUGCAACAGCUGCAAAUGAAUCCACCAUGAGAAUGUGGCUUAAUUAGCCUAUUUAAUUCCUAUUUGGCUUUUUCCUUUUGUCAUUUUUCUAAGACAACGUUAUUGCAAUUAGGUGUGUGCAGAAUAUUAGCACCUUAUCUGAGGCUCAUUUCAUCUCUUACUUUACCCACAUAUAGUAUUCUUAAAAUCAGCUUUUAAGGUGAUUCCCUGGUUUUGCACCGCGCAUCUCUUACUGCGCAUAACAAGAUGGCCGCCGUAAAACAGAGCAUUUGAAGUAACAUUAUUAAAAUGAAGUUGACUGAAGAGAAACGCUAUUGGAAUUUUUGCUUGGGGUUGUUUCUUGCCGAGGUGAGACUCAGUGUGUUGGGAAUGUGCAUAACGUAGGCAGUACACGUGUUGCUGAGUUCGACUUCCUCACGGAGAACCUCGAUAGUGGAUGUUUAACUUGUGCUUACUCACUUUGAUUUUUAUUUAAACGCUUUCUUUAUCACAUUGUAUCCUAAAUGUGAUAUCGAUGUAAAUUCUGUAAAAACAGAUUGUUUAAUACUUUCUUCCCCCUUUCACAUACAUUCUAUUUUGAAACUUGCCCCAGUCCUCUCUCAAAACUCGGAGAAAAUGCAUUUGGUGCACACUUUCUGCAGCUCUACCGCAAAAACGAGUACGGUGACCCCCAUUUUUUAUUUCAUGAUUUUAAUAAGGACAGUGCUUCCUUUCGAUGAGAAAAAAAUUUAGCUAUCACGGGUCGAAUAGCGCGUGUCCAAUUCAAUUCUACUUUGGAGCGUAAAAUAAAAACAGGAGCAUUAAAAGGUAUUUUUCUGGUAUGUAAGUGGAUAAACAAUAUAAUAAAGUCAAAUUCUGUGCGAUACCACAUGCAUCAUGGAAAAAAUUUCUCGUUUUUGUCUAGUUUUGGGCUGCGCGCGGUUUUUGACAAAGGGUCCAAAAUAGCCGUAUUUCUCAGCAUUGUGACGUCAAAACGAGCACGGUGAUCCCCACUUUUUAUUACUUUUUUAUCAUCUUCUUGACUUGUUACAUCAGUGUAGCAAGUUUCAUCUACAAUCUAUGUUAGGUUCUUUUACUAGGGAAUCACCUUAAAUUUGAUUUUUUUAAAGCAUAAAUUACUCCUUAAAGGCCACAGCAGGGCACUUUUUAGGUCCGUGUAUGGUAAUGACAAGCUUCAUUCCAUUAUUUCUGCCUCAACAUUGUACCAGUCUACUCUGUCUUUCCCUGUAAAGUGUCUUGACUGGUAGCUACCUUGACCUAGUUUGGUCCUGGACUGCAAAUGCCACUAUGUGGAAAACACAAUGAGCAAGAACCUGUAUUGUCUUUUCUAAUCUCUUGCUAAUUUGAAGGAAAUUUAUUUUCUCCUGUAUGUGUGCUACAACAAAGCAAGAUCGCCUCUGAUGUAGCAUCUCUUUAUCUUUUCAAUUGCAUGCAGAGAAUUAGAGUGUGCAAGGUCUUGGACUUUCUCCAUGUACAAGCUGCCUCAUUAAAAUCCUCAACAUUUUUCCCAGGGUUCUUUAAGUUCCUGCCUCCUUUUCGUGUUCCCUGAUUACAUGGUUGAGAGGAACAUGUUCCUCACCAACCUCUGAAAAAGGGCUUGAUCAGAUGAGAAUUCCAGAGACAUGCCAAGGUGGCCAAAAAGUCUUUACCUAAGUGCAUUUGCUACGUAACCGCUUCCAUGCUGGGACAUGGUUCCCUCUCUGGCCACUUUCUAAAGUAGUUCGCUGCUAUGGACAAGUUUGUAAUGUUAUCAGCAAACUCUUGUAGUGGUGUAAGAUAGUUGACUGUGGCACAUUCAAUCCUCCUGUGUAUCGUGUAUGAGGAUAAUGUUGCCUAGGCGUUCUGGCUGCACACAGAUUUCAUAAUCUACACCAUUCCUCCACAUCAUGUGUUUUUUUGUUGCCCUAGACUGGAUUGUGCUAAAUGACUUGUUUAUUGCUCCAUGUCCCUCUGUCUGUGAAUUAUCAUGGAGUUCUAUAGUGCUGGUGGCUGGAAACACCUUUCAUCAGUCACCCGAAAGUUACAGGUGCAGUGUACAAUCCAAGUGGCAUUAUCAGGACCACAACCCAUUUUUUCUCCUCUCUAUCUUCUGGGCUGAUUGUAACUUGCCAAUACCCACUUUGUAAAUCAAGCGUUGAAAACCUUUUUGACCCUGAUUGUUGAUCCAAUGUAGGCAUUGAGGCUCUCAUCUUGCAACUGAAGUCUUUCAUCAGUAUGUGGUUAUUUUGGAAAGUUGCUCUUUCGGUGCACCAGUGAUUGUAGCCGUUGGAGAGAACUCGAAAUCUCCAAACUCUUGCUGCAAGAAAAUUGUGCAUUAUUGCUUCAUUAGGUAGGAUAGGAGAAACUUCAUUUAAGUAGGGUAGCUGGUUUUAUGGAAACCAAGAGCAUUAAAAUUUCCAUGCAAGUCUUUUUUUGAUGAUGUGCAUGAAAAAGUGGUUCUGUUUAUUUUCAGUGUACUAUGCAGUGAUAUUGGCAGUCUCUUGUUCCUCCUCUUCUUUUUAUUACCUUGUUCAGCUGUGGCGCAGGUAUUCAGAGGAGCCCUACAUAAACCUAAAAACCAAAGUGCAUUAGGCUAAACUGCCAACAAUUUCUGAGAAAAAUAACUUCCUGACUAAACUAGAAAGCAGUUGUUUUCAAUGUGAGUUUUGGGUGUUGAUUAUACCUUCUCAUGUGAUGCAAAUUGUAUUCUGGUCGAGACAUUGUGGUACAAGGUCACACAUAGCACAAGGACACAUUUGUGCUUUCCCUUUACUCAGUGAUUUUGUUACCUCUCCAUCCUGCGUCCCUGACACAUAAAAAUCCCCCAAAAUGCGAAACAAUUUGUGGUAUGUACACAAAGAUUGAUUGAUAGAUCUGAAGAUGUUUUUGUAGAAUAUCCUGUUUCAGUGUGGCUGUUCUCGUAGCUGUUUUUUAGCGAUGCAUAUUUCUUUUAGUCUUUGUUAUGCUUGACAAUAGAAGGAAAGUAUUUUUAUUCCGGUAAACUGUAAUACAGUGUUUUGGAGUCUGUCUUCAGGUUAAUUUUGUGGUUACAUUAAGACCCAGGGAAUUGUUUUUCUUAAACUGCUAAGACUCAAUAGUUCUGGACAGGGACUCAUGAUGUUCCUCAAGAUGAGUCUCAGGAUUCAUCAUAACUGUUUGCAACAAAAUCACUGCUUUACUGUUUUGAAAUUUGCCCAGACAACAACAGCUCACACAAGACUAAGAUUAAACAACCGCUACUGCCAUGUGUGAGGGGUAUACAUAAGAAGCACAUCCAAGUGAGCACUUUUUGUACAAUUUGCAGGUACUCACUCAUGGAAAAAGGUCAGGCAUUAGCUGCUAGAUGUUCAGAAUUUGAUUAUGCAGUUCAAAACCUCACUCAAGCAGCUUCUGUGCCAACCAUACCUGUCACUGGUGCAAGGUUGGGUUUAGUUUGUUAUGUUUCAUCCUUUUUUGUUGCCUUAAGUGUUUUUAGUUAAAUUAGAUACUAGUUUUUUUCCUUUACUAUCAUGUUUGCUACAGGAAAUCAACAAAUUAUUCACUUUUUUUAAUAUUUGAUCAACAUAAUAAUACUGCUUAUAGUACCUACCAUCAGUAGUGGAAACGUUUUUUUAAGUUACUAUUAUAGGAUGGUAUUUCUGGAACAAUAUACCUCUAUCUAUUUGAACAAAACAUCACCAGGAAUUAUAUUAAAAUAGUUCUGUAAACAUAGCCAAAAAAGUCUUUUUACAGUUGACAGUUUCAACGCCUUGCCAGGAGCUUAAAAUAAGCUCCACCAGGUGUAAGUUAUGCAGGACGUGCAGAGUCACUCGAAACCAUCAACAGUAAAACAAUUUGUUUUGGCUAUUAUAUGUUUAAGGAACUAUCGUAAUAUAUUUGACCUUUCCUAGCCUGAUGAAGUUCUUCAAGAAUUACAAUGAAUUGCUGAAGAAAGCUAUUCUGAAAUUGUGCUCCUUUCAGUAUUAUGAUAGGCCAAGUAGUGGUAUAAUGAUUUUGCUCUUAUCAUCCUUGUUUCAGUUAUACUUAAUUUAUAUUUGUUCUCUCUGUUGUCUUUUUCUUUUGUUAAACAAAAUGCAUCUUCAUUGUUGAGCUAUUUUGAAAAAAUAGCUCAUAUGUCAGUGGUGGUGUGGCUUUGUAACUUUGUAUGUUCGGAUCUUUGUUGCAAGAGCCAAUAAGGUUGAAGGUACUAUUAGUUGAUGCUUAGGAACCAAUGAGAUCUUAGCAUCUACUUAAACAUGACAUUGGUAAAGGUUGAACAAGGGCACUUUGAGACCGCCAUCUUGAUUGUUCACAACUUUUUCGUCUUUUAUUACGGCUACAGGUGUUUGGAAACAUAUUAAAUAUCUUCAUGAUUCAAACGCUGUGUACAGUGAUGCAGCUGUUUAAGGGUUCAUAUUUUAGUAUGGAUGCUGCUGCUGAUAAAUGUUAGGUUAUCAACCUUGACGUUGCAUAAAACAUAAUUUAAUUGCAGAUGUUGUAUAAAUUAAAUUAAAAUCGAUUUUAAUUUAAGAAAUCACCUCGGCUUCAUUAUACAACAUCUGCAAUUAAAUUAUGUUUUAUGCAACGUCAAGGUUGAUAACCUAACAUUUAUUAACAUUUGUGAGACAGUCUUUAACUCUGACAACUUAUGUCUUCAUGUUUAAAAAGCUAUUGCUUCUUAAAAGACAAGAGCCUUUUUUAGGGCAUUGGUUACUAAACGAAACAGGUCUUCAUACGUCCAAGUUACUAUUAUUAAUGUGAAAAGCCAAUCUGCAUGAGAUGUACAGUCACACAGCUGGCACGUGAAAGUGCUGGACUUUGCCCCCUUUUGUGGUUCGUACGUGAGGAAAUUUGAGUUAUCACACAGUAAUCUAGUGAACAGAAUUAUAAAAAUAACUCAUGCACACAAUUUGCAUGUAUUCGAUGAGUCACAUUUUGGCUUAAGAAACUCCGAGGAAACCUUAGAGUUUUCCUUCUAAUCAACGUUUGGUGAGUAGAAAUUUAUUUUACUUUAACAAUUUGUUUAACUUGCACCAGAUGUAACAGGGAAAGACAGAGGAAAGUGAAUAUAUAGGUUGAGGAUCGACUCAGCUGAGCGUUUCGCGUUUUCAUUUGUGUAGCGCAAUACCCAAUUUAGCACAAAAACCAAAUCUACAUUUAGGAUGAAAAAGGUAGAUUCAUCACUCUUGGUAAGGUUACACCGAAGUAUUAUAGUUACACUGAAGCAUUCAAAAUAGCUCAUGCACGUUUAACGUGCCCAUGUUGUUAUAUGGAGAUGAAUAAAGAUAUAAACCAGAAAUAUACCACCACUUUAGUCAGCUGGUAUAAUGCCUGCUUCACUUUAAUCUGAUAUGAGUUAACUUCAAUAGUUUCUUAAAAGAUCUUUUGACUCUUGUUUUAAGACCAGUGCUGAGAAAUCGUCAAGUUUGCCUGCUAGUUGACAGUGAAGAACCCCUGAGAGAGCGAUUUGUCAGAGUGGCUCAACAGCGAGGACUUUCAGCCAGGACAAGGAAACUUCUUGUGGGAGACUUUCUGUGGGUGCUGCUACCCCCUGGGGUGAAUCCUGAUACUGUCAGAGAUAUGCCAGAGCAAGAACUGGUGUGCAAAAAAUUAUGGUUGUUUACCACUUACAAAAAUUUUCUGGAAAAUCCGGUUCCAGCCAAAAAAUUUUGAGGAGCAAUGGAACAUCCAAAAAGGAAGUCCUGUCUUUCUGGAUGGAAUAUUCCAAACAGAAAUUUGUUCCAUUCCUUCAAAGCUGUCUUUGAUGCCAGUUUCAGGCCUUUGCGGUCAUUUUUCGGUAAAUGGAACUGAUGUUUAUUCAAAUGAUAAACGCAAUUCUGAGAUCAAAUUUACCAGCCCUGAAUUUGUGUACCAUUUGCUCAAACAGUGGACCGACUGGUUUGCCCAUGUAAAUGGUAAACAGCCGAUGUUUUAAUCAUAUAUUAGUUGCCAGUUGAAAACAGUUUCAAGCUAGUUCAUUCAAUGAAAGGUCAGUUCUCCCUCUCAUAAACACAAUUAACUCUUCUGUUUUGUCUAUUUAAGGCCCCAAAUGAAGCUCUUAACAAACGCAUUUCAGGAUAUAUAUUAUCCUUAUAAUAAAGCUAGUGGAUUCUGGAGUAGCAGGCUAAAACAGCGAGCAUUUUCAUGCCAUUUAAAUAGUUAAUUUUCUGCUGUCUGUCUGAAACAUCGUGACAGGCUCUUCAGCAGCUUCCAGCAGGUUGAGUUGGUGAAGCGCCAUGUGAUUGUUCAUUUUUUUGCAGGUUCUUCCGAUGGUUGUUGAACGAAAAACAUGGGAUGACUUGUGGUCAAGCCUUAAAACCACACGAUUUGAAAAGCAGGUCCAGAGAAUGAAGGUUAACAAUCAACAUUUGCUUGUCAAAAUGCUGCACAUUGUGUUGACUGAAAAAAUUACAGGAUUUUAACAAAAAAACUGCCAUUAGGUGAACUGAACAUAUUUGCUUGUAACAGUCAUGCAGGGUUGCAACUUUGUUGACUUUGCAGUGUCCUUGAUAUGACACCAUUAAAGGGUUAUGAAAUGCUUCUGUUCUAACUUCCAUUCUGUUGACACUGAUCAUGAUUACUUGACUCUUGGGUCAUACUUCACUACUUGUCUACACUGUGAGAAUUGUUUAAGAAACAGUGCUCUCUGAAACUUAAUGUAUGUGUCUACUCUUGCUGACUUGACACAUCUUGAAGGAUAAUCACUAAUGAUUCAGUGUAUAUCUAAUUCAUAAACAAGUGUUUUCUUACUUUCAGAAAUGUGGCCUAGAAAAUCUUUACUAUUUGGUGGAGGGUAGUCCUAAAGAACUUAAAGGAAACCCUGGUCCUGAGGUGGAAGUUUACCUGCAGGUAUAAUCAUGGUAAUUAAAGAAAGGAAAGCCUGUCUGUAAUAAAUUAAAGCAUCAUGAGAUUAAUGUGAUUGAUCUUUCUAAUCACAUGAAACUGUGUUGCCUGAUUACGUUUGGCAAUAAUUGCAAUAAUUGAAGAUAUCUUGUGGGCAUAUUUUGUUUGUUAGAUAGUCACAGCCUCAGCGGUAGUUUUAUCAUCCAUAUAUUUUCUUUAAAAAAAUGGUGUUAAUGUGAUGGCAUGGAUGUGAUGGCAUCCUGCUCUGCCCUUGUUUUAUCAAUCUUUGAAGGGAGAGACAUGAAAGUAAAUUUUCUAGCUCCUCAAACUGCAUCCUAAAUAACAUUGCAAAAUGAUGAAAACUACUAUUUAUGAAAGUCACUUAAAAGGGCAAAUGAUGGCCUAAAUUGAAGGCGUUAAAAUCUGAAGUAGGGCACAAACUAAUCUAAAAAACCUAAUCAAAAUUCUUUUUUAUAUUAAAAUAAAACUAAUCGAAAUUCUAGAAACAACUGUAACAUUUAUAUUUACAGUAUAAAAGUAUGUAUAUUUAUGUAAGAAAAUUAACCAUCGCUUUGGCCUAAUGGUUCCAGGCUGACUUAGUUCACACAGUUGGAUGGGUUAUGAUACUAAUCACACCCCUUAAACCUGUAGAGGUUUUGUCAAAGCCACAAAUUUGGAGUUUUUCUAUUUGCAUUUGGCAAUGUGAAUUUUGGUCACAAACAUGGCAGCCAGCUGUUUCUGUUUACUACCAAAUGUUACAAGUGUUGGGCUGAGAGCCGUAAGGAUUUAUCAGUGCUCAAAGUGUAAAAAUUCUAGAGAGUUAAAAAAUGCAGCCAUCUUUGGUGCACACAUUUCAUUUUUUAACUCCCAAAUUCAUGAGAACUGUGUGUAACAAAUUAGUAAAACUGAUUGCUUGUUUACUUUUGCAGACUUUUUCUUAAAUCAACUGUUUUGCAUUAACAUUGUUGUUUUCAUUUGACUGAAAGGACAAAAUAGACAGUCUUCUCUUAGAUGAUCAGUUUCUUGUGAAUCGCACUGGUUCAUGGCUGAAAAGUGUUGAAUGGCUCUGUCAUUUAACCAAUAUGUCCAUUGAAUUUCUUCAGUCAGGUAAAUCACAAGUCUACUUGUAUAUUUAGCUAGGGCCAAGAGCAAAGCCCCCAUUGAUAUACUUACAUUAAAAGCAAUCAAAUUUAAACUAAUAACAUGAACUCUAAGCCAGAAAAAAGAAAUCUUCAAAUCCCUAUUAUUAGUAGUAAUUGAACUUAGGAGCCUUCGGCAUAACUUUACCUUUAGAGGGAAGUGUUAAACGAUUAAGAAAAAAUAUCCCACAAACACACCUAAAGUGAAAAAACUCUCCCAGCAAGCUAGAAGUCGCAAAUUUACAGAAAAAAAAUCACUAUGUAUCAAGUUUGAUCCAAGUAGUAGAAUUCUUCCAAACUACGUAUACAUCAUUGAACCCCGCUUCCACCACACCCCUUUCCCCAAAUUAUAGAACUCUUCAGUAGCAUCAAUUUACAGGUUGCAUUUUCUAGGGUCAGUAUUUCUGUCUUAAAGGGAAGACCUAAAAGGAAAAUCAUUCAGUACACCACUCACAUGCAAUUAGUAGAGGAAACAACAGUUGGCAGGUUUAAGCUGACUGUGACAUUCAUUACAUCAAGUGUACAAUAACAAGUUCUCCUCUUUCAUCAGGAGAGGAACCAAAAUUGAUGACAUACCAUGAAUUUUCGCACAGUACAAAAUUACAGAGAAACCUCAGUGGAACAUUGCAUGCCGCCCCAGGUAUGUUUAUUAAAGGCCUGAUUUGUGAUUUGGAAUUUAUAUGGCACUUCUGAUCUGUUCUACUCCAAAUGUGCUAAAGAUACGUUGUGUGCUUGCUUUUUGUAGCCACUGUUUGGUCAGCAACAGAAUUUGCAGAUGUCAUAAGGAGGUAUGAAUAGCUUAACUGUACAGUCGUCAUGAUCAUCAUCAUCAUCAUCAUGUGAUAAAAGUUACUCCUUUUAUUAGUAACUUAUUAUAAUUAAAUGUAUAAUUUUCUGACUGCUUGGCAUUUUCUUCUCCUUUAGUCACAAAUGUGGGGGAAGGGUUCUGCAUGACCUUCCUGUCAGGGAAGGAGAGGAAAGGUCUUUGGUUGUCAUCCAAGGUCUCACUCUUUACAAUAAGGUUAGUUUUUAUUAGCAGUUUCUUGAAUGUAUUCGAAGGUCCCUAUCACAGCAAUUUAUUAAAUAACAAUCUUAGACAAUUUUAUGAUUAUUGCAAUGAUGCUUUGUUUUACAGCAACGUCAUAAGGUACUGGACAAAGCACUUGCUGGUCUUCUAGAGAACACACAUCAAACUGCAGAUGGUAUGAUCACAAAUGCUUUUCAGCUGAUCUAGUUUAUAGUGAAACCUCGCUAUAACGUAGGAGCAUUCGUUAUAUCAAGGUUCUGUUCCAUUUAUUUCACUAUUAUUGGGGUGAAUAAUAUCAUAUGUUAUACUAUGGACUUUGUAAUAUAGAGGUUCCGUUAUAUCAAGGUUGACUGCUUGACUGUAUACUAUUUAAAAAUGUUUGUAAUUUUAGUGAACCAUCUGAAUGGUUUUUCGUUGAGUAAUGACAUAUCUUUUAUUUAGCAUUUUGAGGACCACUGAUGCAGUCCUUAAUGACUACACAAACAAUGUUUUGAACAGUGCACAGGUCUAUUCAACGGGUGAAAUAUUUUUUGUAUGCCUCAAAGAAGUGCAAACCAAAACAGGUAACCCAAAAUUGAAGUGCACAAGAAGAGUUUCUGUUUUUGUUUCACCAUCCAUUUCAUUCUUGCAUUCUAUACAUGGUAUAUACCUAUUUCUGUAUUUUUAAAAAUAUCUUUAACUUUUAGCUGCUGUUCAAAAACAUCUUGAAGGUGUGACAGAUCAGCUUAUUCCAGAGGAUGUUACACAGUGGUACAUUCUUUGGUUGCAGGUCAGUAAACUGCCAGUGAAAAAAUUCAAUUGUAUUUUUGGUGCGUUGAAUUUACAGUGGACUCCUCUUAAUUUAGUUACCAAUGGGUCAAAAAAGAUUGGCCGUACAAAUGGGGUGGCUAGAUUACCUGGGCAGGAUCAAAUUUUAGGACGUAAGGGCGGUCAUGAAAAGUAUAUCACAUUUGCACUUACUUAACACCAGUACUUUUAAAUUAACGACCGGAGUGAUCUAUGUAAAUUGCAGGAUCCCUAAGGGUAAAUAAGAAAUAAAUAAUCAAUCAAAACACAAAGCUAAAAGUUUAAGUUCAGUGAAUCAGCCAGAUUAAGUAAACAUGGUUCAUACAAUCUUGAAAAGGUCUUGGAUUUUACUGGUUGUCUUGAAAAGUACUUCAUUUCUUAAAUAGGUCUUCCAAAGUCCUUGACUUUCCCAACCUUGUCUACGCCAGAUACCUUUUUCUGUAAAAUUAGAUUAUUUUAAUGGGGAAAAUUUGGCUCAUCCUCGGUGUAAGAACCUGUAAAACUCACUGGUAAUGUAAAAAUCCAGUCCAGUUUACCAGCCAGGCCUCAAUCCAAGCCAGUAACCAGCCCUGGAUACUAUAAUGAUCGAGUUUUAAAAUUAUCGCUUGUGUGCAACGGUUUUGAAACCUUUGGAAAAGUCGAGUAUUAGUAGGUCAGUUUGAUGUCAAUGCUCAAUUGAUUGUGCCAGGUGCUCGAUGGUAUUGAUUGAUUGGGUCUCCCAUGACUGGUUUUGUCUGAAGCCAUGUUGGUAAUCAAUAAGAAUGUUAUGAUCUUCAAGACUGUUAUAUUCCAAGAUCUUACUUGGUAGGGAUUUAUUGAAACUGGGCGAUAAUUAGCUGAAUCUGUUCUAGUACAGUAACUGUUAAGACUACCUUACUAUAAACUUCCCUUAUUACUAUGAAUUAAACACCUCUAAAAAUUGACAAAUACAUUUCUGGGUGAAUAUAAUCAUCGGAAUCAAACAGCUGGGUUUUUUUGGUUCCAUUUUUCUUCUAUUAUUUUUCCUUUGAACGUAGCCGGAGACCACUGUUGUAGUUCGCAUCAGCAACGUUGCAAGAUUUUUAUUUAUGAAUCAAGCAUGCCGAAGGACAUGACAUGUGCGCGCAUGCGCAAGUACAUUGAGUUGCGUGACAAACUAUGACAUCCCCCUUCUUUCCAAAUAAGGAGGGAGGAGGACAACUUGUAAAACAAAAUACGCACAAUAGAAGCUAACGAAAUCAACAAAAAAAAAAAAGAAAAUUAAGCAAUGUUCACUGUCCAUGUAAAUGUUCGUGAUCCUAAACUGCAACAAUAACUUGGUAAGAAAUCAGUUUUGAGUUCAGUUUAUAGGUUCAACUUGACAGGGGGUUUGAUCACCCUGGUGGAACGACGCAGUGUACCGGUAGCUUUUCCGGUCAAGGAACCUGGUGUGGUUGCCGGGCUAGGUGCCAGGGAUGUUGGUGUGGUCUGUUCGCUUGUAGGGGUGCUUUCAUUAGAUAGUGCACUUGGUGAGGUGGUGCAGGUUUCAGGUUGCGGUGCUAGUGGGGGCUCUGCAGCUUCAACGUCGCUGCCGUUCUGCAACGUUAUGGGUUCCCCUGUAGGGCGGAUAUGGCGGCGGUUACGCUGGCGGACACUGCCAUUUGCCAUGUCGACGAGAUGCGAGCGAGGCGUCUGCAUGUUGCGUCUAACAACACCUGGUUCCCACUUGUGGCUGUGGGGAUUGAAGACACGCACGGGGUCUCCAGGGUGUACUGCGGGGAGAGGCUUGGAGGUUUUGUCGUAUUGCAACUGUUGCUUUUCCAGCCUUGUUUGGAGUUUGGAGUUGGUAUCUCCAUCUGCUGACAGGGAGAGGCUUGGUUUAGAUAUUGUUGGAAGGUUGGCUUGGUAAACUCUUGAAUUUAAGAGUUCUGCUGGCGACGAAAUGCUGUGAUCAAGAGGGGUGCUUCGCAGGCAUAGCAUAGCGAGAUGAGGAUCUGCACCAGAUUCCUUGCACUUUUGCAAAAGGUUCUUUACCGUUUGCACUGUUCUCUCGAUAAAACCAUUAGCCUGUGGGAAAUAUGGGCUAGUGGUUGUGUGGACAAAUCCAUAGCUACUGCUAAACUCCUGGAAUAUGGCGGAGGUGAACUGAGCAUCAUUGCCAGUGACGAGUUUGCUUGGAAUGCCAUGCUCUUCAAAUAUGGAUUUCAGGUUGGCAAUUGUUGUGUCUGAUCGGAUUUUGUUCAACUUCCUCACUAGGGGAAACUUGCUGUAGUAAUCAGAUACUAGCAAAUAGGGCGAGUUGUUCCAAAAGAACAAGUCAGAACCAAGGGUGUGCCAAGGUUUUUGUGGAACAUCGUGGGGCAUGAGGGGCUCCUUCACGUUCAUGUUUUGGUUAUGUUGGCAUGGAGCACAGCCUUUUACCAUUUCUUCAAUGUCCCGGUUUAUGUUGGUCCAGAACACUGAUCCCUUGGCACGGAGUUUGCACUUUUCUGCGCCCUGGUGUGCGUAGUGCAGCUGCUGCAAUACGGCGGGUUGUAGGCUAAUGGAGGCGUGGGUUCGGAUCCCACUUCUGACACCAUGUUGUAGUUCGCAUCAGCAACGUUGCAAGAUUUUUAUUUAUGAAUCAAGCAUGCCGAAGGACAUGACAUGUGCGCGCAUGCGCAAGUACAUUGAGUUGCGUGACAAACUAUGACAACCACGUCCAUAGUAGCCGGGGGGAAAUCCCCAGCCCCUGCCUCUUAAUGACAGUCCUGUCCUCGGGAAUUUAUAUUGUGACCAUUAGCCUUAUUAACAGGUGGUCACAUUAACAAGGGUUUGAUGGAAGAAAAAGUGUGGCCAUUUUGCCGGGCCAAAAAAGUGGCCAUUAUAAGGAGGUGGCUGUAAGGCCGGCUCCACUGUAAAUUAUUCAUAAUUUCAGAGGUGAGUUAGUCAGUGUAUAUUUCAAUGUAUUGUGUACUAUUGUAAAGGAACAGAAACACAUCAUGAAUGUUUCAAGUCCAAUCAUAACGAGUGAGUUUUGAAAAUACUUUUCCUUACAUGACAUACAGGUUUUUAAAGGAGCCAUGGUUCGGAGAACAGAAACUGAAGAAGAGUCAGCAGAAAUCCUCUGCAAAUUUUAUCAGAACAUAUCAGGUAAGAGUCACCAUGAAAAGUAAAUUUUGUUACUAAUACAUCUAUUUUUAAGCUUUGUCUAUGACAUUUACUUAUUCAACUUAAGACCUGAUGUAUUAUCAUGCCAUAUCUUUUUAAAUCAUUUCAUCUAUGCCUGGUGUAAUAAGAAACUAAUAGAUGCCAAUCACAUUUUCUCUUUCAUGGAAUAGCUGCUGCAGAUGUUCUGCCGUAUUUUGAUGAUCAUGUUCGUCCUGUUAUGGGAGAACCAGAGCAAAAUUUAGAAAGGUUAGUAGUCAUCAGGGUGCUAAGAAAGUCAGUUUUACAGCUUGCCAUUCGGGCAAGCUGUAGCUAACAUGUACUAACCCCAAAAUAAUUUCAACCUGCCCGCUAGAAAGUUUUGAUUAGAGGGAUUGGUUGCAAUUCUUCUGUGAUUUGAAUUCCCCAGAAACUUCACUUGCCCAGUCAGGGAAAAACAAUUUACUUUUUUCAGGUCAAAGAAAAGUCAGUAAAAGUUGAAAACGUCAAGGGAAAUCUAAGCUCUUUCUCCUUCUCUUUGAACAAAAAAGAACAAAAUGUUAUUGGCGUUUUUUAUACCAGAGGACACAUUAUUGGUCCAGACUGAUAUCAUGUUUUUCAUGUUAUGGGUCUAGUGUAAAGACAAGAUGAAUAAAAAGGUCUAUGAGGAACAAGAACGAUCUUACCGCGGCUUUGAGUCUCGCUUGCUUGGAGAGUAGAUCGGGAAAUGUGGAGGCGAUUAAAUCUACACGAAACAGGAUUUACUCAGGGUUUGCACAGUCUUGAAAAGUCCUUGAAUUUUAGGGGAAGUCCUCGAAAAGUCCUUGAAUUCCAUUUUUGCUUGAAAAGGCCUUAAAUGUCUGUGCAAGUCCUUGAAAAGUCCUUGAAUCUUCUUCAACUUUAAAUGUAGUGACCUGGAAAGUGUUUUUUGAUGCUUUUUGGUUGUUCAAGACAGAAUAUAAAUCAUAGCUCAGAGAAUUGCUCAGUGUUGCUCAAUGUUUUAUGCAAUAAUUAACUAUCAAUUUAAGACCAGUGAACUGAAAAAUGUAGAGAAGUUGGUGAAGCAAACAGUUCAAGCCUUAUUAGAAUAAACUGGGAAUAUGCAUUUAUGUACAAUCUGUGAAAUUAUAUUCCUAAUGGUGGUCCUUGAAAAUCUAAUGUGGCCCUUGAAAAGUCCUCGGAAAAUAGUUGCGAUUUUUUGUAUGAACCCUGUCACUCGCUAAAGGUUCUUUACUUUCUACUUUAUCAUCAUUGAUACUUUUUAUUUGUUUCUGAAUUGAUUUAGUACGUGGGUUAGCGACGACCAGAAAUACGUCUGCGGUCUCAGGCUAUACGUGUGUAUAAAGACACGAAAAUUCCAGAGAAAAUACAUCAUUGCCAGAGAUCAAAGAAGUGAUUUACAGGCUCAUCAUGAGACCAUUUGCAUACAACGAAAGUUUUCAGCACCCGACUAUCGCAGUUUUGCUAAUUAAGUUGUAUAGUAGUGUGUGGUCACUUGUUCCAAAGUAAUCAACGCUUUGAAGCAAUAGAAUUCGUGGAACGACAUGUUUCGGAAAAGCUCUAAAUUUAAUCUUUUCUAAGCUUUCUUCAAACAUGCAUGGCUUCGAUAGCGCAACGAUUCUUUUUCGUAGUUUCCAUGGUCUCCGCUAAGAAUGCCUGGCACAUAGGCCCCCUUUGUGUCCUAAAUAUGAAAAAAAAGUGUCGCAGAUUAUGAGUCUCGCUUCUUAUGUAAGCAAGACUAACAAACAAUGUGAGAUUUUACAUGCAGGGAAAUAAAAACGAAGAAGUGAAAAUUUUGGCGGUUAACGCCGGCGUCGAAAGUGGACGUUGAGUGCCCAAGGGCCAGGGCACUACACCCGCAAUCACACCCCAAGGCAGAAGAACACCCACAGACCUACCAACCAGCAACCCAGCCACAAGCCCCCCUGUGUCCAGCCCCCCACUAUAGCACCCGUCACACUGAGGCUAGGAGCUCAGUCGAAGUAAAAUGGAAAACCCCCAGAAGGGGGGAGACCCUAAACCAAGAAAGCGGAGGGGGGAAGGGGAACCAAGAGAAAUGCUACUAUAACAGAACGCCACACCAACAGUGCUUCGAGCACAACGCAAACACAACGUGGGCACCUGCCAUGACCUGCGCAUGUGCAGAAGCGACAUACUGCUAGACAGGAAUCUGCUCCCAUGCUUGCGAACAAUGGUAAACGCUACAAACAUUAACAAAGUCACGCGACAGAGCUACAGACAGCCAACACGCCAGCAAAGAAUGCCAAAAACACUAGCGACUAUAGCUCAUAGUUGUUUAGUACAUUAAGAUUUAAUAGUAUUAAACGCCGCAAUGUCGCAAGUGGAUGUUGGGGGGCCAGGGGGCUGCAAAGCCCCAAAGGUAGUGGAGAUACCUGGUAUGCAACCAGCUGUCAGGACACGUGGACGAUGGAGCUAACUGGAGUACAAAUAUAAAUCUGGUAGGCAUCACUAGACCACUGGCCUAGGGUCUUGGCAGAUGAUCCGGAACUCCCCGGCAGCGUCCGUAGUUGCUGCCCCAAUGCGGAAGUUAUGGCCUGAAUAGGAGCCAGUAUUACCAGCUGAGUACAAGAUAGACUGAACUGUGGAAGACAACUGUUGCUGUGUAAGAGGGCUUCCAUCACUAUUAAUGUAAAGAGAGGUCUCGCAGAAGAGCCAUGCAAAGCCAGAAAGUCGCCCAAGUUGUGGAUGAGACACACCACACCCCACAUAUAUAUCACAGCCUCACAGCCCAUGCAAAACAGAUCGGUCUUUGAGCUUUUGAUAUGAACUUUAAAACAGGUAGGGUUCACCAGCGAGUCAGUUUGCAAGUCAUCAACAGUCGUGGAUACUAGGCUGAAAUUCACCGUGAUUUCCCUAGCUUGUAGGAAACCGAAGAAACCCAAACAGCAUGCUGCCCACAGCAUCACAUGGUCUCUCCUGUCGAAGUCUAGUCCCUGCUGAAUCGCCUGCAGAUGAUCCAGGGUGAUAGAGAGGCAUCUGGGUGACAAUGGACCGUGAACCCGCUUUAUUCCUGUGAGCACAUGCUUUGAAUUUGGCAGUUGAUGAAAGGAUCCGACAAGUCAUGGUCAAUGUGAAGGGAGCAUACUGCAGACAAGUAUACUUAAAUAGAUGCGUGGGUCAAGUUGUUGGCCAAGAGUGUAGCAAAGCACAUGAGAGUCUCCUCAUCGGCAGGAGGGAAGGAGCCAUCCCUGUUAAGGUAACCGUCCCAGGGGCAAAAGUCAAUAUAGUGACGUUGAGAAGAGAUAAACAUGCCAAGUGGAAGGCAUGAGUCCUUGGGUGAGCAGAAACUGACACCUCAGGGUCAAGUCUUCGCAAGUGCGACCAGAAGCGACUCGGGAAUCAUGUGUGGAGUCAGGUGAACUUGACGUGACCGAUGAUGAAAAUGCUGAAAUUGAAAGCAUGAGAGGGAAUCAGCUAGUGGAUUGGCCUUGCCACAAACUGAAGAUGCAGUAAACAUAAAUGAGUGGCAUGUAGCCAGCAAGGAUAAAUGAUGCAGCAACCCCAUCAAGUGUUGGUCCCGUGAAGACACAGACUUAAGUACAGUGACCAGUGACUCAUUGUCUCACAGGAACUCAAACCUGCUGAGAGACCCACUGAGAACCCCAUAAGGCAGUGGCUACAACGACGGGGAGAGCGCCUUGUACCUGAUCAAUAACGACCUUUGCUCCAUUGCCCAAGCACAGCAAAAUGACCGGGCAUUAAAGAUCGCCCCAUUGCCCAGUGAGCCUACAGCAUCCAAGAAGACUUGAAAGUCUGGGACGGGCGCCCACAUGGGCAUGCAAAAGAAACUGAGGUCAUCCCUGGUCUGAAAAAGCUUUUGCCACCAGGUAAGGUCCCAACGGAAUUCUUGGUUCAUCCUGAUGGGGGUGAUCGUGGAGGCGGAAGGCUCUAAGCAAGUCAAUCAUCUGACCAAGAAAUGUCCUCCCUUAUCGGAGUCAAGUUCAAUCCCCAGGAUACUUAAGCAAGUGGCAGGUCCCUCUAAUUUGUCAGGACGAAAGAGAAGGCCUUGCCUGUCGCGAAGGCAAACAAAGGUAAGUAGACAGGUGGGCCAAGGGUAAAAAAGUCAUCUUGGUAGUGGAAUAGGAAGUCCACACCACAACUUUGAACCAGCAUCCAUUCAACCAGGUCCGCAAUGGAAGUGAAAGUAAAGAGUGCUAAGCGCAGCCCAAAUGAGAGAACCAUAUUGGCAAAGUAAAGCCCAUGCCACCGCAUCCCAGGUAAGGGGUGAUCUUCUGGAUGGAGAGCCUCAUUCCUGUAUGCACUAGCCACAUCAAACUUAGCCAUCAGCAUUCCAUGACCUUGGGCCAUGAUGCCCUCAAUAACUGCAUUGACUGAAACAUACUGUACUGUGAAGGAAAGCUUGGGGAUGCCAUUGUUGUUGUUGUGCCCAGCAGGAGAUAAGAGGUCUAGGAUGAGACGCCACUUGUCUGGUUGAUUGUUCUUGGGAAUGAACCCAGCUGAUAUGUAGAGAAGGAAAGGUUGAAAAGGUGCCAACCACCCUGCCAGAGGAAACUUUGGUCUGCAAGUACGAGUCUAUCACUAAAAGGUGCUCGAAGGAGGAACACAUGUUUGACAACGCAGACGUAAGAUUGACCAUGGAUGCCUCAAAGCCAAUACAAAAGCCUUCGCGUAUUCUGGAAAUCACAUUGGCCAUUGCUGCCUGGUUGGAUGAUGCUGCAAUUCUGUCUGAAAUUGAUCUAGCCACAGAGGAGAGACUGGAGCUAAUGACGAGAAAGAACAAACGAAAACUGCAAUGCUGGGUAUACUAACUGGAACUAUAACAGAACAAGAUGUCUUAACCAUAUUACGCUGCUGGCCUGGCGACACAGCAAAACUAUUUACACUGCGUACACAGGCCUCGCCGGGCAUAACCACCCAUUCAGUACCUUCCCCCCUCCCACAGGUGGGGGAGACCGGGAUCAUGUGUUAGAAGAGUGGGAAAAUGGACAGUUGAUGUUGGUGUGAUUACCUUCACAGUUGCUGCAGCAGUGUCAAAAUUUGCACCUGCCAAAAGGCCAGCUGCACUGCCCAUCGUUCAAUGCAUGACAAAAAGGAGGGAGCAGGUUGGUGUCAUGGGAGGUGGCAGCUAGGAGAUAGAGCUGAUGCCGCAGAAGGAGAUGACAGAGGUAGCGGGGUUGAAGCCAGGGCUGGAGACCUGAAAAUUGUAUAGUAACUAUACAAUUUCUAAGUUCAUCCUAGACCAUUUGCUGAGGCCAGAGGCAGCUGCAUCUUUGUAAAUGCCAGGUCAUACUCUAACCAGGCCGAACAGGAGAAAUCACAAACCAUUUAAAUAAUAAGCAGCUUAUACUUGGUCAGAUUGAGCCAAUGAUGAGGGUGAAUUAUGCACAACACCAUCUAAAAAAUAGUGAAGGCUUCGGUCCAAGUCGAGAUGUCUUAUAUUUCCACUUGCCUGCGUUUUGACGAAGAAACCAGGAGCUCACCAUCAAGGAACAUUUACGGCUCCUGCUCUACCGGUCGGAGAUUCGCGGACAACAAAUCUUCCAAUUCAACAACCUGGCCACCUAUAAUUUUAGACACCAGUUUUGAAGGAAUAGGGGCAUGCCCUGGACCAACAAUAAAAGCCUUUUCCAAUUUUAGUGAUGCAAAUGAAUACUCAACGCUUUGGAAGACUGCUAGCAAUGCGGGUGAAAUGAAAUUGGAGGGAGUAGGAGCCACGUGGCAGGUGUAGCCCAAGAUGGUAAUGGCCAACACUGGCAUAGACUUAGCAACAAACGCAGGAAGGGUAAAUGUACCUGACGCCACUGAAGAAACACUUUCACUUGUACUCGCACAAACAGCGGACGCUGAAGAAAAGAAAGGUCGUGGCCCCGCGCUAGCAGAAUCACCUGGAAGCUGAGAAGAAAUGCGCGAGGAGGCAUUAUUGCUCUGGAUCAAUGAAGUAAUGGCGGGAAUAGAGUUUUUAGUUGCUCAUACCACAGUCACGGUGAGGGAGUCACCCAACUGAGGUGACCAAGAACUGGAAGCCGUACUCGUCACAGGACUUUCAGACAUUGCAGUAGAAGGAAGUGAGUCUUGGGUAGGAAUGCCCACAGAUAAGCUGUUGUUGGUCAAGCGCGAUGGAUGCGGCAUUGCAAAUGAAAAUAAAAAACUCUCCAGCAGAGGCGAACUACAACAGGAACUACAAGGAACGACGGUAACAAAAACCACGUCAACCUGAAAAGCUUUUGCACUGAACCAACAAGAAUGCCAUGAUACUCAAACAGAACGCCAAGCCAACCAAAAUUUGGGUAGAACCAAGAGAAGUGCUACGCUACUAUAACAGAACGCCAUGCGAACAACGUUUCGAGUACAACGCAAACACAAUGUAGGCACCUGCCAUGGCCUGUGCAUGUACGGAAGUGACAUACCGCCGGACAGGAAUCUGCCCCCAUGCUCAUGAGCAAUGGUAAACACUACAAACGCUAACAAAGUCUACAGACAGCCAAUACGCCACCAAAGAACGCCAGAAACACUAGAUACCUACUCGUCCUUAACUGGCUCAUCCAUUUUGCGCUACAAAAUAAACUGAUCACAAAAUAAAAUCAAAGAAGCAGCAAAUUCAGAUGACCUCUCAGGAACUGUACUUCAAAUUGUCUAUCUCUGGUGCAUUUCGAUCCUCUGCCCAUGAUCUCUUCUCACCACAGUGACUGCGCAUUCAAUAGGGAGCUUUUAACAAUCCAUUUUUGAGAUACGCAGUCGUCAACUGGAACUGAACGUGUUUUCCCUUUAAUAAGCUUUGACAUUCCCAAAUUUGUAUUGCUAAAUGUCCUUACUCUUAUAAAAAACAAUUUGCGAAAAACACUUUUCACAAAUGCCAAAACUCCACUUCCAGUUUCACUCAAGUCCCAUUUAAACUACAAAAAAACCGGGUGCCGAUCCAUUGAAAAGAGGUCCGGACCAAUUUUUUUUAAACGUUUACAUGGGUAACAAUCAGGUUAGGCUUAUGAUUGAAAAGUGCAAUAGUGCACAUGCGCAAGACCACCAUAGAGCACGGCAGGCUCAUAUGAAGAAGAUAGUAUUUACACAGUGCUUUCGAACAGCAAAAGGGGUCUGGAGUUGUUUUUUUUUUUCGGUCUUGCUAUGGCCCCAAAACUAGAAAAAAGCGAGUCCGGAUUCAUUUCAUGAAAACAUGGUACAGAAGGUUUACACGGCAAAAAUACCUGGUCCAUACCAAUUUUUUUAUGGGUCCAGACCCAUUUUUUCUGUAGUGUAAAUGGGGCUUCAGUUUCCUAUAAGCCCAAAAUAACAUCCUCCCCCGCCGACUAAUCGGUGUUCUACAAAUAUACCCCUGCCAAAACAUAAAGUUGCCACUUGCCCAAAUUAAAAAUUUAAACCCACAAAUCACUGAUAUUUGACUUUUAUGCAUCAGUCUCGUCUGCAUGAUCUAACGGGGCAAAGAUAAGUCACUACAAACCCUGGGCAAGCCAUUUUCUCCUCUUGGGAUAAACUAAACAGCUUGAGCUGAUCUCAAGAAAUUGACUAUUAACUUUGUGGUUAGCUCCUUAAAGCUCUGGCACUCUACAGUAUUAUUUGGAUUAUUUGUGAGUAUCUGACUACAAAGCCUACACACUAGUUGGUGCAGCUCAGUACAGUUUUACUUUGAAUAAAACAUUAACAAAGGUUUUCAUGAUUCAUAUGAUUGAAAAACAAAUGUUUGGCUUUCUUGUUAGGCUACCCGAUGAAGAUCUUUUGUUUGCAAAUGAUUCACAGGAAGAGGGUGCAAUGAUCCGUCAGGUAAACCGUUGUUAUUGAUAGCUUGUAUUAUUAUCACCUACAAGAGUAAUGUCUUAAUUAAUGAGGGAUAUAUUUUCAAACGGUAUUCAAUCAAAUGACACCAGUAGUAUAGGAGGGAUGAAUUAACCUCUUUUUGGGCAGGAAUUUCAUUAACUUGGGCAGGAAUAAAUUAACGCCAAUGACGUCAUAACCUUUUGUCUUGAUCUCAUGAAUAAAAUGCGCAGGAAUCUCAUUAACUUGCGGUGGAAUCAAUUAACGCCGAUGACGUCAUAACCUUAUGUCUUUAUCUCAUAAGUUAAAUGGGAAGGAAUCUCAUUAAGAUAAGGUUGUGUGCUAUUUUUAGUUGGCUUAGGGUUUCUAGUUACUUUAAGGUCGGUCUUUAACGUCUUUGUUUUCGAUUGGUUAGUAAGGAAAUAAGAAACGUUUUCAUUGGUUAGUUCAUAGUGUCUGAAGAGAAAAGUCAAACUUUUUGUGCGACUUAAAAUCGCUGAGACGUAACGUAAUUAUGCAAGUCCUAUUUCCUGCUGCUGUUAAUGUCCUAGUUCCAGUUCACUGAUUUUUGGCGGGCAAAUCGUGCAUAUUAAUGAGGGCAAAGACAAACUAGCUCUUGUCCUAUUUGCUGCUGCUGUGAUUGUCCUAGUUCCGGUUCACUGACUUUUGGCGGGCAAAUCGUGCAUAUUAAUGACGGCAAAGACAAACUAGCUCUUGUCCGAUUUGCUGCACGAAAUAGGAUUUGCAUAAUUACGUUAUGUCUCAGUUAUGUCUCUGUGUAAGAUUGUUAUGUCUCCUGCGCAUUUAACUUGUGAGAUAAAGACAAAAGGUUAUGACGUCAUCGGCGUUUAUUGAUUCCUGCCCAAGUUAAUGAAAUUCCUGCCCAAAAAAGAGGUUAAUUUCAUCCCUCCUAUACUACUGACACCAUUGGCACUGGCAUUAAGGCCCCCUAUUUACAGACCUUCCUCAAGUGAAGUACAUCUUGUGGAUGGUGUUGCCUGUCCCUAAAUGUUUCUAUAUCCUAACUUGAGGGUGAGGAAGGUUUUUUAAACCAAGCUUCUGUUAGUCAAGCCACAAAUCGUGGACAAAAAGGUCUGCCUUGAUGGGAAUGAGGACUUCUUGACUUGGAAAUUUUUCUCUUGGUACUCUGAUUUUUCCCUCUCCUCAAAAACCAGCAAUUCCAAAUUCCAAAUCGAUCUUGAAGGCCUAGAGUUCUUAAGAACUCCUAAGUGCUUCAUGGGUAAACAAAUAAAAAUUACAGUACCAUGCUGAUUGUUAAAUGAUAGUUGAAAGAACAAAGAAAAACUCGAAAGUAAGCAGGAGUAGAAGUUUUGUCUCAAUCUAGACAUCUGUGGCAUACACCAUAUUUUACUUGGCAGUUCAAAUAGUUUUAUAUUUUCGGGCUGUGAAAAUCUGGAAAUGGUACACUAACAAAAACCGUUCGUAUCCAGCCAGCUCUUGACGUGUGCUGCUGUCUUGAAAGGCUUAUGAAGAUUAGAUAAUGAUAAGGGUUAAUGGCUGCUACGUAGUCCCAUGAAAAAACUAUUUUUCUUUUUGGUAGGCCUUAAGAGCAUCGCAGUAUGAAGAGAAAAUGCCAUCUGAAGUAAGAGAGCUUAUUUUUUGUCCUUAUUGUGUUUCGCUACACGUGCGAAUUAAAAUAUGUCUUUGCAAUUUAUUUUCACUGCUUUGCUGUUUUGUGUUUUCCUGACUCCGUUUUGAUUUAUUUGUGGCCAAUGCUGUCUAUUGCCAUUAGGUUAACUAGUUUUUAUUAUUGUGAGCUAAGACGUCUUUCAUUUGUCAUUGAAGGAUGUGUCACACUUGCCUCCAGUUAUACCACCAAUUAGCUCUACUACAACGGGACCAGUCCCAAGUAUUUCAGAUGAUGGGGCACAGAGGUUUUCUUUGAGUGAAGAGGAACAAUUAGAGUUGGCCUUGAAACUCAGCGCAGCAGAAAAUGCAAUGGCAGGGCACUGCAAAUCUCCUGUAACAACAGCAGUUAAACCUUUUGAAUCACAUGAACAUAAAAGAAGGUCUCACAACCCAAUUUUUGUUAAUAGUAAAACAGAGGUUUCAGACUCAGGUCGUUCAGCUGAUUGUGUUGAUAAAAAGGGAAAUGGAAGUACAGAUUGUGAGCUUGAGGAAGUACUUAAACUGAGUCUGGAAGAGUUUAAAAGUGAAAGGCAAGGUCAGGUUAUUAAAGAUAAUGUUUCUGGAGAUAUGGAUAACGAUUUGGAGAAAGCUUUGGAGUUGAGCAGAAUAGAGUAUGAACAAUCAAAGAGAAUGGAGGGCGGCAAAAUGGAAAAGCAAGAUGAAAAAUUUGGCACAUCAUUUGUCAGAGAUGCUCAGCCACAGAUUGCACUACAAUUGAGUGAGAUGGAAAGAGGAUCCAAAGAUAAGGAACAGGGAACACCAGGUUCUCAAGACAGUGAUCUUGAGAGGGCGUUGGUUUUGAGCAGAAUUGAAUUUACCCAAGGCGGCUAUAAUUCCCUGAAUAAGGUUGCUAAAUGCUCAGACUCUGAUGUUGUCAUUGUGGAAAAAAGUCAGAAGGUUCUGCCAUCAAGAGGUGAUGAAAUGAUUGACAGUUAUAUCCCUUCAAGUGUCCCAUCUGAUGAUGAUUGGGAAGAAGGAAGCAGUUAUCACAAUCAUGGAGUUUUUGGUGCUUUGAGUCCUAACUCAAAGGGCAACUCAAAAGAUUGUGCAAUAUUAUUGGAUUCACAGGAACCACUUGAUGACACCGAGGAUGAUUUUGAAUUUGCGCUUAAGGUACAGGAAGACCUCAAUAAAGAGGUAAAGGCAAGUCCUAGGCACCAUCAUGAAUCGUCUGAUAAGAAGGUUACUACCGGCUCUAAGCUUAAGGAGCAAAUUAUUGAUUGCACUGAGGACGAUUUUGCAUUUGCGCUAAAGGUACAGGAAGACCUCAAUAAAGAGGUAAAGGCACGUCCUAGGUACCCUCAUGACUCACCUGAUAAAAAGGCGACUAGUAGCUCAAAGCUUCAGGAGCAAAUUGUUGGUUACAGAAAAUCACAAAAAGAAAAAUUUAGUACAUGCUCUGGACAGAGAGAAAAGUCUUCUUCUGGGGUUGAUUUCAGGAAGAAUGUGGCUGCAAUUGCUUGUGGAAAACCUGUGAAAAUUGGUGUGGCAAGCCCCAUCAGUAGGCCAUGCCAUGAAUCAGCAAAGGUUUUGGGAGGAAGGCCUGCAUCUUUGAUCAGUGGAUUAUCUGACAGAAGCAAUAAUGGGUCACUUGGUUCUCCUAGAAAGCGUUUUUGUUCUAAAGAUGAUGUCUGUACAGUAAGGUAAGAAAGCAUUGUUCAGGCAAGGUCAUUGUUUCCCUUGUUUGUGAGAUGUUCUGUAAUGGGCCAACUGUUACCUUUUUUACACUUACCGCCAAUCACAUCCAAACUUUUUUUUGACUAAUUCAUGUAGAAAAGUUGACCUUGAUGGAUCCCAGUUAUCACAGCAAAGUCACACAAUUUUUGUGGAAAAUUUAUAAACUCAGCGAUAUCUUCAGUUUAUUAAGACUAACAUUGUUUAUUAUUAUAAAUUAAUCAUAUGCUUUCAAAUUUGUUUUUAUUCGCUUAUGUUCUUUAAAAUCCCGUUGGAACUUUUAACAGAAUGUUUUUUUGGCUUGAUUGGCAUCCACCAAAUUCCACUUUGGGUGUAUGAAAUUUUGGUGCAAAGGUCAUAUGGUGUUUGUUUAAAUACUUUGAGAUUAUUGAUUUCCACAAACUAGCUGCUUGGCCUUCUUGAACAUAUCUGUUAGAUUCAUAACCUUGGGGAAACAGAAAACUGUUGUUUUAAAUUUCUAGGUUUUGGGAUUUCCUUAUGUCUUUUGUUUUUAAGGGAUGAUAUUACGGUAUGUAAGGCUGUUGGUAUGCCUUCCUCCUCCUCUCUGGAAAAAAGCAGUGUCAGGACCCCUUUAUGCCAGGCUGCAAUUUCAUCAUCUCGAAGACCAUUUUCACCUUCAUCCAGGUUUGUAUAUUGUAGUCCUGGAAACCAGGGCCGGGGAUCGGGAAUUUUCCUUGGCUACCGCAAAAUCUCUGGUUACCUUCACAGAAACGAAAAGGACAGCAGAACCAAAAGAACUUCCUAGCUGCUCAGUUCCCCAACUACAAAUUGCAUAUACCCAGCAAUUUGAAAUCUUAGUUAGGGCCCUGCCUGAAAACAAAUGAUUAAAUCAUAAUAUUCAGAUAGUGUCUUAGUGUACAUUCAUUAGAUAUGCUAUACUGUGACUAUUUCCCUGAUGUGGAAAAGAGUGUUUUCAUGUAGGUGGAUACAUGGCUUUUUGCUGAUGAAGUUAGUUAAUUUACUGCUGAUAGCUCACUGGAAUGUUACAGAACCCAAGUUACAGAAGUUGUGGCCAGCUUUAUGUCUUGGAGCAUUGCGCGGUGAAAACUGAAGCAUUGCUGGAAUAUACAUGGAACUCUUCAUAGUCCAAAUAUUUUGUAGAUACUAAAAUGUCGUGGGGGUGUUGUUCAAUCCAAAUGGCACAAGUAUGAUGAAAUGUAUAUGGUGCGUUACAUAUUCCAAGUGGCAUGAACCUCCUUAAAGGUAGUUGGCAAAGAUCCCAAUAGGCGGGUAAAAUAAUGAAAUAUUCUCCAUUUCCACAGAAUGCUUGUAACACUUUGCUAUGGCAUGUCCAUACAUGUAACAAACUGAAACUAACUAUAGCUGAAUAGAACAGUGGCCCUCAAACACUGUUUCAUUCCAAGCAUUACAUCUACAUCCAUUGUCAAUGAGUUUGAUGCCAUAUACCCAUGGGACAAUGCUGCAAGAAAACUCAGAUUACCUGAGCUUAUAUUUUUCAUUUUGAGUAAAUUUUAAGUUUUAUUAACUGUAAACUGACUUGUCUGGUUUGGUUGCAGCACUUUUGAAAGAGUCCACAGACGCAUUUCUUCUUCUUUGUCUGGACCUUGUUCGGUUAGUUUUAAUUACAUAAUUUAUCACUUGGUGGUGGUUGCUGUUAAUUCAAAAAUCACAUUCAACAGUUUUGAUGCUAAAGAAAAAUGGCUUUCCAUUGUUACUUAUUCUUCAUUUGUUAAAAUUUUCUUUAUGUUGCAACUGUUGAUGGAAGUAACAUCUUCUCAGUAUUAGUUCUCUAUUUCAAUCCUCCUACACUCCUCUCUAUUUCUUUAAUGAACAGUUGUUAAGUGGUCCAUCUUUCCGGGGUUGUGUAAACAGACUAGAAAAGGGAUUGAUAUGGGUCAUCAGAACAGAGACACCUGCUUUGAGCAGACAAUGAUGAGACUGUCUAUUGUCCCCUUAUAGGGGUGUCUACUUACCCAAGGAUUGUUUCAUGGAAAAUGUGUGGGACAUUCGAAAGGUGACCAGCUUACCUCCCUCUUGUCUACUUUACCUUAUGCAGUAUAGUUAAUGCAGGUGUCAGGAUAACUGGCCUAAGCUAUUGUGGCAUCCUUCUCAGUCUAGAUAAGCUAGUAAAAUGACUGAAUGUGAUAUUUCUGAGCAAUUAUUUGAAACAUGAUGUUGCCUUUUGCAGCCAUCCCCUUCCACUGGUUCUUCAUCAGUUAUGCCAUUCUCCAGUGGCUUGAAUCCUGCAACUCAGUGUAAAAGCAGUGGGGACAAGCCAGUGGGGCCAAAGUGUGGUGCUUGUGGAGAAAUAGGUCAUAAUAAAAAUUCCAAGAUAUGUCCACAGUACUUCUCUGAAGAAGCUGUUCACAGAAGAGAGGUAUUGAAAACAGCAUUAAAGUAGUUAUGAAGGUGCUGGGCGUCUAAAGGAGUUUUUUUAGUUACAGCAUGAAAAGUCUUCAUUGCAGCUGAACUAUUUUGUUUCUGUUAGAAACUGUUGGAUUAUGUUUAAGAACGUUGAUUGACAUUGAUUCUUUUUCAUUGAUUUAAAAUGUGUUAGGUUUACUGUAUUUCAAAUCAGUUUUUUCAGUUGAAUCGAAGUGAGAUAGAAGUUUGUGGUCUGUUUAUAAAUCCGCUUACCUGAAGAAUGUUUAAAGAAUCUGCUAACCUGUAAAGUGUGACUGUUACAAUGACCCGCCACAGGAGUUAGUUUACAUUUAAGUUUUCUGAAUUUAGCUACAAGAUUAAGACUAUAAAUGUAUUUCUUUAGAUCGAAUGAUAAUUAUUAUUGAAGCUUGGCUUGAUGUUAUACGGUUUGUGGUGGUCAUUUUAGCUAACCAGUUCCAAGGGAAACAAACAAAAUGAUAACCCUGCAACCUUCCUUGGGGAAAGUUGGCCUUCUAAGUGGUUCUUUUCACAGAAUAUUGUAUCCCGUAAUUGUCUGAGGCUUGUUUUAACACUAGAUAAGAAAAAAGCAAAAGUUUUGGUUACCACUUGAAAUAGAUAACUUUACAAAGUUUUAUGUAAUAAAGCCACUUUUCAUUUUACCAGGAGCAAUCAAGGAAAAGAAAGGCAAAGAGAGAAGAGGAGGAGAGGGAAGUCAAUGAUCAGUUAGGUGCUCUGGUAUGUCAUGUACAUAUUGAAUUAUUCAUGUGUUUUACAGUGUUGUUAGUAGCUAGUAGUAGUGAACUUUAUUAACGUGUCAAGAAACUCUAGCGCAUAGCACUAAUUGGUGACACAAAAAUAAAAGUAAAAUAAAUAUAUAAAUAAAUAAAAAACAAAUAUUAAAAUAGUGUUAAAAUAACGUUAAGGUAGAAAAGCAAAUAGUAAAAACUACGGAGGUUAAAAAUGUAAACCUAUUUACGCGUAAAAAAAGAUGUAUGUACAUGGUGUACAUGGUAAAUUUUGCUUUGUAACAUAGGGUCUCAAAGGUAGUUAUUACAAAGCAUGCAAUUUCUACAGCCAUCCUCAAAUAAGGCAGUCAGGACUGUUCUCCUAAUUUUAGUCUUAAAUUUGCGCAGACUAUCCUCGGCACGUAAUUCCUUUGUGAGUUUCGACCAGAGGAAAGGGCCUUAGUAUCUUAAUGAAUGCUUUCUAUAUUUGAUCAUAUUUUCCAUAUUUGUUGAUUGUUAAUUCCAUUGUAUUUCUAGACAAAACCAUAGACAGCAUAAUCAAAUAAACAAGUUAUGUAAUUUGUAAUAAAUAGUUACAUUUUAAUGAGUCCUUCCUAAGAACAGUCCAAGGGUUGAAAGAUCACAACAAUUUAACUUUUUUUUCAGGCCGCCCAAAGAGUGUUAAUUGAAGACCGGACCCGAGUGUUAGCAGAGGAACAAGAACAACUACGUCAGCAGCUUCAGAACAUGGCAAAUACACAAAAGAAAGUUGAAGAUGCUAUAAAGAAAAGAAGAAAGCGGUAGUAUAAAAAAAAUUAUACAAGUGGGAAACCCAUUUAGUCAAAAUUUCAUAGCAUAGCAUUUUAAGGGAAAGAUAACUGUGUAAGACUUUGUUUUCUUUCCGCUGUUAGCAAUUUCAAAGGCUUAGUUUGUGGGGUGUUUUCAUGAAACAUUGUAUGCUUCAUAAAUGUUGAAAAUUAUAACCUUUCAUGAAAUGACUUCUGAAAUGGGUUUAUACAUUGCCCCUGUUUUUAAUCAAAGAUCAGUAUUAGCUUGUGGUUUAUCUAGUACUUAUCUCUAUAAGACUUGUACUGUUUCAGUUUAGUAUUCCAUCAUAAUGUACCACCAGUCAUGUUCCAGUUUGUUUUUAAACAGUCAAGUUCCAUGACUGGGCUUGAAUUAUGCAGAUUCAAAUGAAAAUACGACAGGAAGUGAUCUUUUUUUAAUUCUCAUCAGUGUAGAUCCAGAAGUGGUGUGCCAGUUGGCUUUUAGUCCAUCCAAGGCACUUGAAGAGUGUUUUUAAUUAUUAGGCACCCAGGUGUAAAGCAUCUGUAAUACUCCAUUGUGUCAUUUGCAUGUCCUAAUAGAACACUAUUUAAUAAUUGUAUUUAGUAUUUGUUUUAAUGUGUAUGUAUCAUUGCCUUUUUUAUUUUUGUUGAAAGUCAGGGUUUUUAGAAUGUGUUGAACGAUAUUGUUUUGCUGAAACAAUGACAUUUUGAUAAGAGAGGCCAAUUAAUUUUUAUAUCAUAUUUUAGUGAAUCAUAAUUUAUAUUUUUCAAAAAAUAGUUGACUUAUGGCACUUUGAGGAACUUUUAAGAAAAUAUCAUUUUAGAUCAUAGAAAUUAGUAGGAAAAUUUUAAUCAACC